CGUUGUUUCAGAAGCUUUCAGCUAGCAAAACAUGAGCAAUGGCGUGCUGCAAGAUGGAUACCACGUAAAUAAGUAACAUCGUUUUGUUAUAGCCAAUACACGGUCGUAUGUCAAUAACGGCCUGUUUUUUAUUUUUUAGGACAUAAAAUAAAGACAAAAUAGCUGUUAGUCGUUAUGGCGACUGGGAGCGGCAACAGUGGAUUGGCGUCAAACCAUGACGGACAGGACGCUGCAUCUAAUUCGAUUCAGUGUGGAGCAGCAGCGCUGUCUAACAUGCCUCCGUCGGCUCCUACUCCGUCCGCCUCUCCGCCAGUUCUGGGCCUUCACCGGGAGCCCAUGUACAACUGGCAGGCGACGAAGAGCUCCUUGAAGGAGCGUUUCGCUUUCCUCUUCAACAACGAGCUGCUUAGCGACGUCAGGUUCAUAGUAGGGAAAGGCAGACAGGCCCAGAGGAUACCGGCCCAUAAAUUCGUCUUAGCUGCUGGUAGUGCCGUAUUUGAUGCCAUGUUUAACGGAGGAAUGGCCACGACCUCGGCUGAAAUAGAGCUUCCUGAUGUGGAGCCAGCAGCUUUCCUCGCCCUGCUCAGGUUUCUAUAUUCUGACGAGGUCCAUAUUGGUCCAGAAACUGUGAUGACAACUCUUUAUACAGCUAAGAAAUAUGCUGUCCCUGCUCUGGAGGGCUAUUGUGUGGAGUUCCUCACCAAGCACCUCAGAGCCGAUAACGCAUUCAUGCUUCUCACUCAGGCAAGAUUAUUUGAUGAGCCUCAGCUCGCCAGCCUCUGCUUAGACACCAUAGACAAAAGCACUGCAGAUGCAAUAAAUGCAGAGGGCUUUACAGAUAUUGACCUCGACACCUUAUGUGCAGUGUUAGAGAGAGACACACUUAGCAUCAGAGAGAACCGUCUGUUUGAAGCGGUGGUACGCUGGGCAGAGGCAGAGUGUUACAGACAGCAGCUUCCCCCGACAUCAGAGAACAAGCAGAAGGUUCUGGGGAAAGCUCUCCCACUCAUCCGCUUCCCACUCAUGACUGUUGAGGAGUUUGCUGCCGGGCCUGCCCAGUCUGGAAUAUUGUUCGAUCGGGAGGUGGUAAAUCUGUUUUUACACUUUACAGUAAACCCCAAACCACGGGUCGACUACAUUGACAGGCCUCGCUGCUGCCUCAGAGGGGAGGAGUGCAGCAUUAAUAGAUUCCAGCAGGUUGAGAGUCGAUGGGGGUACAGUGGCACCAGCGACAGAAUCAGAUUCAAUGUUAAUAGAAGAAUAUCCAUAGUGGGUUUUGGCCUUUAUGGUUCAAUACAUGGACCCACUGACUAUCAGGUCAACAUACAGAUCAUAGAGAGCGACAAACGCAUUACUCUGGGGCAGAAUGAAACAGGAUUCAGCUGUGACGGCACAGCAAACACCUUUCGAGUGAUGUUCAAAGAGCCUGUGGAAAUCCUACCCAAUGUCAGCUACACUGCAUGUGCCACCUUAAAGGGUCCAGACUCGCACUACGGCACUAAAGGGUUGAAGAAAUUGACCCAGGAAUCUGUAACAGGGACCAAGACGACGUUCUUCUUUUUUAGCUCUCCUGGAAAUAACAAUGGAACAUCAGUGGAAGACGGGCAGAUACCAGAGAUAAUUUACUACACCUAAACUGAACAGAUUUACAGUCAACAGGUAAAAUAAACCAGGGAGACCUCAGACUACUGGGUAGACUGGACUGCUAGACGUGGACGUAGUGCCUCAGGAUCCCCUGGAAUGGUGAAUGUGUAUGCUUAAAAAUGCGUGUGUAUGUUGUAUGUUUAUCUGUGUAUGAGAUAGUGUUGUACAUACAUUAUCGGGAAUGUGGAAAGGUCUGUGGGAAAAUCAAAGCUCUGAGGGUUAAACAAGUUUUUGGGGGCAUAAAUCUAAUUUUCACUUUAAUUAUCCAAAUACUGAUGUCCUCCUGUCUGGUAUUAUAUACUUCAAAAGUAAAACUAAAAAGACAGCUACCAUCUGUUAUCAAUGCCAGUUUUUGUUAGUUUGUGCUCAUGCAUAUAUUGAAAGUAUAAUAUUUGCAUUUUUUCACUGUGCACUGUUAUCUUUAAUUCAUCAGCUGUCCCCCAAGUACUUUAUUUCUGCAUUGUAUAAAAGCUUUAUGCCUGUUGUGUGAUUUUGUCAAUGGUACAUGCUGUAACUUAUGACUUCAUGUUUACUUAGCACUUCAUUAAAAUGUAAACCAAGCCGG